AUGGAUAGAAGCUGGAUUUUUGGGGCACCGUUCACACCUGCAUAUGUGAAAGGAGUCGAAGAGUUCAUGCAAUUUGUUAGUGAAAGAUACUCCAAAGACAGACAGAUACUUUGCCCGUGCAGCAGAUGUCUAAAUCAAAAAAUGCAGUCUCAGCAUGAGGCAAGUGACCAUAUACACAUUUAUGGAAUGUCAGCUACUUACACGAGGUGGAUUCAUCAUGGGGAGUCGGCGGAUACUGAAGUGGUUGAGAAUUUGGAGCAGCAUGUCGAAGGAAGGGAUCAUGACUUUGGGACACAUGCGGAUGUGGCCGAUGAUGACUAUGAUGAGGAUCACGGAGUACCAGAGAUGAUUGGUGAGUUGUAUGCUGCAGCAGAGGCAGAGGGAGAACAACCAAUGUUUGCAAGAGUCCUUGAAGAUGCGAAGAAGUCACUUAGCCCAGGAUCUAGGCACUCAAAAUUCUCUUUUUUGGUGAGGAUGUUGUAUAUCAAGUCUCGUUAUCGAAUUGGCAAUACAGCAUUUUCUGCGAUGAUCAAGUUGAUGUCAGAAGGAUACCCUCAGAGUGAGUUGCCAAAAUCAUAUGAUGAGGCCAAGAAAUAUCUUAGAGAAUUGGGUCUUGGCUAUGAAAACAUCCAUGUGUGCCCGAACAAUUGUGUGUUGUUUCGGAAGAGGUAUGAUGAAUACAAUGUGUGUCCAGUAUGCAAGGCAUCUAGAUGGCAAGAUGAAACUGGGACCAAGAAGGUUCCACAGAAAGUGUUGAGGCAUUUUCCACUUGUGGCAAGGUUGAAAAGAAUUUUUGCUUCAAAGCGAACUUCUGAAGAAACACAAUGGCACCAGAAAAAGAGGACGCCAGUCAACAAUGUAAUGAGCCAUCCAGCUGAUGGGGAAGCAUGGAAGGACUUUGACAGGAAAUUUCCAGAUUUUGCACGAGACCCGAGGAACUUGAGGCUUGCCUUAGCUACCGAUGGAUUCAAUCCAUUUGGCAACAUGAGUACCCAGUACAGUAUGUGGCCAGUGCUUCUAACACCGCUGAAUCUCCCACCAUGGGAAUGUGUGAAUCCAGCAAACUGCUUUAUGGCAUUACUCAUCCCAGGUCCAAAAUCUCCAGGAAAGGAUUUUGACGUGUUCCUUGAGCUCCUAAUUGAAGACCUGAUUGAUCUAUGGAAAGGUGUCAACACUUUUGAUGCUUGUACUGGUAAGAAGUUUGGCCUUCGUGCUGUCGUGCUAUGGUGUAUACAUGAUUAUCCAGCGCUGAGCACGUUAUCCGGGCGAACAACAAAAGGGUAUUAUGCAUGUAUUCAUUGCGACAAGGAUCCGUUGUCUCUGGCAAUAAGGAAUAAGAUAUGUUACAUUGGACACCGUCGUUACCUAUUUCGAGGACAUGCAUGGCGGAGAAGUUUGGCUUUCAAUGGUAAGCGUGAAAACAAAGAUGAGCCAGGCAAGUUCACUUUGGAGGAGGUCCUAGAGGAGCUAGAGAAGGUGAAAGAUGUCAGGCCAGGGAAGCAUCCUAACAUUACUGGAAAUAAAAGGAAGCGCAAUGAGGGUCCAAGGAUUUAUAGCCGCAAAGUUGGGUUGUGGAGAUUGCCAUACUGGCAACAUCUAAAGCUUCCACAUAAUCUUGAUGUGAUGCACAUAGAGAAAAACAUAUGUGAAAACAUUCUUGGCACAUUACUCAAUGUACAGGGCAAGACCAAGGACACAACCAAUGCUAGGCUAGAUUUAUAUGAUAUGGGCAUAAGACCUGAAUUUCACUUGCAGCAGCAUGGCAACUCAGUCAUUGCUCCACCUGCUCCGUAUGUCUUGGGGAAGGAUCAAAAAAUUGCAUUCUGCAAGUUUCUCAAAGGUAUCAAGUUUCCUGAUGGAUAUGCGGCCAACCUAGGAAGAUACAUAAGUGAAGAUGGUUCGAAGGUCCAGGGAAAGCUGAAAACACAUUCUUGCCACAUACUCCUGCAAAGAAUCAUACCUGCUGGCCUAAGAGGACUGGUGAGGAAGGAUGUAUAUGAAGCAGUUGCAGAGCUCGGGACCUUCUUCAGGGAACUAUGUAGUAGAAAUCUAAGGAUUGAUGUUGUGAAACGGCUGAAACAAGAGAUUCCAUUGAUCCUAUGCAAGCUUGAGAAAAUAUUUCCACCUGCCUUCUUUGAUGUCAUGGUGCACUUGGCCGUCCAUCUUCCUGAUGAGGCACUGCUUAGAGGACCUGUUCAGUACGGAUGGAUGUAUAUGGAGGAUAUUGACACUAGAUUUAACCGUGAUGAUGGUAGUGAUAGACAGGUGCCAUUGCCUAAUGACAUAUCUGUUUUUAAGCAUGGUGUUACUCUUGUUGGAUCUGAUAGGAGGCAGUACAUUGAUGAUGUUGUCCUAAAUAAGUUAGUUUGCUUGUACAGAGACGAUCUAAAAAAGCAAGGUGCACGUGAUGUUGAGAGAAUGGUUGAAAAAGGAUUUGCAAAGUGGUUUAAGUGCCAUAUUGCAAAGAAAAGCAAGGACAAUCCAGAAUCAGUUAGCGAAGGACUGUGGGCACUCUCAUGUGGCCCAGAUCUGCGAGUUAAGACUUGUGCAGCUUGCAAGGUCAAUGGGGUGCGGUAUAGCACUGUGGAUCGUGAGAAGUUCCUUCUGACACAAAAUAGUGGUGUAAUGACUGAAGGUUCACAUAAUGGGAAAGAUGUUGAUUUUUAUGGAGUCCUUAAAGAGGAUGACUAUGGUUCUGAUACUGAACAUGUAGUGCAAACAGGUGGUGAAAAUGAGGUCUUGCAGAAUAUUGAAGGUGGAGAAGCCAUUAUAAUUGAAGGAAAUUUAGAAUGCCUUAUAAAAAGCAAGAAGCAACCUAGUAUUCCUUUAGAUAGUGAGGAUGAGGAGGAAGAUGAGACAGCAGAGCAGUACUGUAGUGAUGGUGGCAAUGAGAACAAUGGUUACAUGUCCCUAGACGAUGAAGAUUCUGAUUGA